AUGCUGGAAGUCAACCAGACAGUGGUGACAGAAUUCCUGCUUUUGGGAUUUCAGAACCUCAGGAUAUUUAACAUUAUAUUAUAUUUUCUAUUUCUUGUAAUCUACAUAUUGACAUUGGGAUUCAAUCUUCUGAUUAUUUCAUUGGUGGCAAAGUUUCAGAAUUUGAAAUCUCCCAUGUAUUUCUUUCUCAGUCACUUAUCACUGUGUGAUAUCUUACUCACCACAAAUAUAACUCCAAAAAUGCUUCUAAUUAUAAUUACCGGAGGAAGCACAAUAUCCAUUAAGGGUUGCAUAACACAAUUAUACUUCUAUGGUGCAUCAGCAACAACUGAGUGUCUUCUUCUCACGGUGAUGUCCUACGACCGAUAUGUAGCCAUCCUCACUCCAUUGCAUUACACGUCUGUCAUGGACCCCAGACUUCCUCACUAUCUUGCUCUAUGGUCAUGGGUUUUAUCAUGUACAAUAUCAUUAGUUAUUGCUUGUCUAAUACAUACAUUAGUAUUCUGCGGUCCCCAUGUAAUUGACCAUUAUUUCUGUGAUUUUGCCCCCCUUGUGGAGUUAUCAUGUUCUGAUUCUACUGUAGUUGAAAUGGUCGAUUUUAUAUUGUCAAUACCACUUGUUAUUUUUCCUUUGUUCUUCAUCAUUUAUACAUAUGUAAGAAUUUUUAUCACCAUCUUUAGAAUUCCCUCGACCAGUGGGAAACAUAAAGCUUUCUCCACCUGUAGCUCUCACUUGAUUGUAGUGAGCAUGUACUAUGGGACUCUGAUUACAAUAUAUAUGACUCCUUCUAAAUGGCAAUUGCUUAAUGUAAAUAAGGUUCUAUCACUGUUAUAUACCAUGGGAACUCCAUUUAUCAAUCCAAUUAUUUAUAGUCUAAGGAAUCAUGAGAUAAAGGAAGCUCUAAAGCAUUUUAAUGAAGCUCUAACAUUAUCUAUUACAGUGUCUCUAACCUAA